ACGUUGUUACACAAAGGACCGUUAGAUACGCUGAUCGUCUGUCGAACAUUGAAUUAACGGAAAGCGAAGUCGCCAAUGUGCUUAAGAGCUUGGAUCCUAAUAAGGCUUGUGGCCCGGGUGGAAUACCGAACAGACUUCUUCAGAACGUGUCGACCGAAAUUGCACCAUCCCUAUGCAAGCUAUUUAACUUGUCGCUAUCCCAGAGGGUUGUUCCUUCAGAAUGGAAGUUAGAAAAUCUUUCGCCGAUUUUAAAAACCGACGACCCAACAGUCUCCUCCAAUUAUAGACCCAUCUCGCUCCUAAAUACAAUUUCCAAGGUACUCGAACGCUGUGUAUUUAAUCAUUGUAGUAAGCAUCUGGAGCCUCAGAUAUACCAUUUACAGCAUGGUUUCAUGAAGGCUCGAUGAACAGUAACUCAACUUGUCGAGGUCUAUGAUGAUAUUGUAAACUCUGUCGCAAGUGGAAAGGAGGUAGAUGUGUUGUAUCUUGAUCUAGCCAAAGCAUUUGACAAAGUGCCUCAUAAUUUGUUACUCUUGAAACUUCAGUUGCAUGGUAUCACAGGUCCACUAUUGUUAUGGAUGAAGAGUUAUCUUUCUGAACGAAAACAGAGGGUUGUCCUGGAGGGUGCUUCUUCUGAUUGGCUACCAGUAACAUCAGGCGUGCCACAGGGCUCCAUUCUAGGACCUUUGUUGUUUUUG